AUGCUCAACUUAUACGUGGAGACGGCUGUACAUCUCACUCCUCCUACCUCCAGUUUGGUGAUCACACGUCCCAUUCCCUCGGCCAGCAGCUUGCAAAUACUUCCAAGAGCAGCACCAUCCUAUGCUAGGACCUCAGCGACCCCGGGUCAAGCAAAAGACGAAACUUCCUAUGCCCAAAAAUAUCUGACUAGUCAAGGGUCCAUUUACUUUCGUUGUGCGAAAGCAUACCCUCGAACAUUUAUCUGGCGAGUCCUCGAUGGCAACAGAAUCCUAGAGCUUCGAUGCGCAGAUUUAGCGAGAAGCGAGCAUGAAUCUCACGAAGCUCUUCUUAUAAUUAGAUUCGAGGUUCAAGAUGGUAUAGUACCUGGAGGGGUUGAGCUAUCAGACACAGAGGAUCAGGAUGUGCUGCAUGCCUUCAUCAUCACCACCAAGAAGGAGCUCCACACAUUGGCUGUACCCCUUGACUUCUUCAGAAACCCCGAGGACUCGAAGGCUGACAGUCGUAAGUGGUGCAAGACUUUUGUGCCUUCUUCUUUCACGAUCGAUACUCCCCAUCGACUUUACGCGCAUACACCCUUCGAGCUUUUCGUGGCUCUCGAUAGUGGCCGAUUGCAGAGGUUGACAAGAAAAGCUGAAGAUGACGGAUCGUAUUGGACACAAGACAAUUUUGAUGAUGCAUCGUGGGGAGCUUCGCUUAGAGGUAUGGUCAAAUGGCGAAGCAAUCACUUUAUCACCUAUGAAUCAAGGUCCUUGAGCCAGACGACCGCAAAUGCCAUGAUUGCAUCCUCGGAUUCCACGUAUCUUUACACCAUAUGUCUGAAUCACACUUUGCGAGUCUGGAGUCUGACGACAGGCAAGUUGGUGGUUUCAAAAGAUCUGCUCAACAGACCUAUCCAACCGCAAGACCCACACACAAUUCUCAGCCCUGCAACGCCAAGCUUUCUUCGUCUGUUCAAAGUUGGAUUGAUUGACCAUCCCAUACUGGUAACGUUCUCACCACAUAACGAAGGCCAAUUCAAAUUCUGGAACGUGCGAGGUGGACUUACUGAGCCAUUGACCGUGGAGGACAUGUUCCCUGACUUGAGCUUGAGGCCGCCGGAUCCUGAUCCUUCGGGUAACACUAUUUGGUCUCUUGCAGGAUUCGAAUUAUACCCUGGUGACUUCGGUGAGCCUGCAGACCUGUGGCUUCUAUGGAGGAACAACAAUCUCUGCCAAAUUUAUAGCUUGCACUUUGACAUGCAAAAUAUGUGGGACUGUUGGGCGACAAAUUGGGUCAAGACACAACCCUCAAUCAGCUCGAAAACUACUGCCCCUGAUUUUGUGAAGCACGAUUCGGUGGACCCUACAGAGAAAUGGAUGAAGUUCUUAUUCUGGCCUGAAAGAUAUCCAGUGUCUGUGCUAGAGACGUCACUGAACAUUUAUCAAGAGGCGAUGCGAAUCGAACCGGCGCCAGCGAAGAACAGUAGGCCGCUGCAGCAGCGGCUUUGUGCCUCCAUAGCAUCUGGUGUCAGCCUGCGUAAGUACAGUGAGUCGGAGUUGGACUACCUGCGGUUUGCUCUUGAUACCGACACUCAGUGGAGAAACUUCUGGCGAAUUGCGGAAGCCAUUAAUGAAAAGUGUAGGAGCCCAAUCUCGCUGGCUUUCGAUGCAUACGCUGGAACGUCCUGGGUACUUCAGGCUGAUCAGUGCUGCGCAAUACGCGAGUGCAAUGAGCUUGAACUCGUUUGCUAUAACAGUCGCCAGUCUGCGCACGCCCUUGAGUCUAUCAUCUCCGCCCGAUGGCCACAUCGCAAGGGCGUUACCGAAGAUUUCCCUAGUCUCACAAGCAUGUCGAAGUUGUUGGAUACAGCGGCAACAUUCAUGCAAAGCUUUUCACCAGAACUGGUCAGAGACUGCGAGAAUGCUCUUAACAUUGAGCUCUUCGAGGAAGCUGAACUCCCUAUUUCUGAACGAAUCAACGACUUUUAUGAUCGAUGCAAAUUUGGAGAUGCAAUAUCUCAGGAAUCGGUUGAGAAAGUGUUGCAUGAGGUCCAGGUUAUUGGGGGCUUACAGAGGUUAGGGGCUGAGCUCAUCCCUGCCGUUCUCGCACUUAUGCCAGAAACUGUUCGUGGCUCCCAUACUGCCCUUCGGUCCACAGUGUUUGGGGCGAAUGUGGUUGAUGCUGGGCUUAGAGAUACAAUUACUCUACGUCGCCAGGUUGCACACAACUUGUUCAUCCUUGUGAUCGUCCUCGAGGGUGAGAUUGGCGAAGAAGAGAGGAGAAUCGAUGCCUUUGAUGCGCCUGGAUUGUUCAGCAUGAUGCUUGAUAUUUUGAAAGAGUACGAGAAGAAGAUGUGGUUGCUCUCGCAUGUUCGGGACUGUCCAAUAGAACCCUCGGAGCAUUCUAGGGAUUCUCCUACUGAAAACAAGCCGAAACCAUCAGCGCAGUCAACACAAAGCUCCAUUCGGCGAGUAAAUCUCUUACGCGACACGAAAGGCAAAGACAUCAAACCUCAGCCGGCUGUUGGAUCACCACAGAGCUACCUGCUGACCGAGAUGCUAGAUGAUGUGGAGGCUUGGGUUGGUGGUGCUUCGGAGAUCUCAUCAGACGAUGGUUGUGUUUGGAUCCAAUGCGACUUGCUUGCCCAUGGUAAUAUUGACCUGGCGACCGAGUUUGCUCGCUUCCAGCCAAAGACGCCUUGGUCUACGCAAGUCUUCCUCCUGCUCCAUUCUGAUUUCUUCGAUGCUGAUUCGAGACUAGCACACGGCAAGGCCAUUGGCAUGCUCGAUGACAUGUCCGCUGGACUCCUAACCAUUGACGAGACAGACAAUUUCCACAGUGGUAUCAGUCGGUACUUGGAGCAUAUCUCAAAACUAUUCGAUACAGCUCAUGCGCAUUCAUUUGCGGCUCAUUUUGCUCGCUUGGCACUAGCUACAUUGCCUCCCGAUAAGUCGGAAGAUGUAGAAGCUUACCGAGAUGACAUCUUGUUGUGCUGGUUCGCAGCAGAGCUUCAAUCCUCCCGCUACAUUUCAGCAUACACUGCGCUCACACAAUUCAGCAAUGAAAAGCUCCAAGAAAAGUCUGCAAUUGCUUGGGCUGAUGCGAUAUUGGGUCGAAGAUGUGUGCCAAGGCUGGAGGCGACCGAGAUUAUCCAUCUGUUACAAAAGCUGCCUCUUGAUCUACAUGCCCAUAUUACACGAGUGGUGGAUGAUCACCUCACCACACUAGCCCUGAACCAAGCCUCAGCCCCGCGUCUUUCAAACCGCAUCAGGGCAGAUAACAUUGGCACAGACUACUCGAGGAUUCUUUACGCAUUGCGGGUGGGGAGACAAGAAUAUCGUGGGGCCAUUUCCGUGCUUAUGAAUCGACUUCACACGGUCAAGAAAUCAGGCCACGCAAGGAACGACCCCAGGGCGAUGGUGCUACGAAAUACUCUUCUUGCGCUCAUCAAUACCUUAUCAUGCAUGGCACCUGAAGAAGCCUACAUUGUCACCACCACUCAAGAAAGCGCGGUCAACGCGAUGGAUUUUGGCCAGGAUGCUGACGGACGGGACAUGCAGACAGGCUGGAAAGCGCGAAAAAGGAUCAUUAUUACCCUGGAGGAUCUGCGACGUGAGUACCAGCAGCUGUUGGAUGAAUGUAGCCGGAUUGAGAGGGGAGACUUUGAAUUUGAUGCCUGCACAGAUGAUGAGGACAACGGAAACGAGUCCGAGGGAGCGGCGAUUAUCAAUGGUGUGGAUGCGAUGGAGCCCUGA